AGAGAGACAUUGGUGCUCACUCUGUCUUUGUAUUGAUCGAGCAUCUUGUACUUAAACAAAGACAUAAAGCAGUGAGUGGUGAACUAAGAUUUGAAAGAAGAGUGAAGAGCUAUCAAUGGGGUUUCCUACAGAGAUAGUGUUGCCAAAGGUGUUUGUACAUCUCCUUACCGUAUUGGGUUUGAUCAGAAAACUCGUUACCAUCCUGAGUCUCAAUUCGGACAUUGAAAUACUUUCUGUGGUAAACUUCUCCGACUUGAAACUGUCGGUUGUAGACUGCUCUCCUCAUAGCCCCUGUUCCGUCUGCCUCUACGAUUUCAAACCAGAGGAUGAGAUCCGACGGCUCACAAACUGCCGUCACAUUUUUCACAGAACCUGCCUUGACCGUUGGAUGGGUUACGAUCACAAGACAUGCCCUUUGUGUCGUACACCCUUCUUACUUCCUAAUCCUACCCAAUCCAUCACAUGCAAGAUACCUUUCUAGUUUUUUUCUCCUUCUUUUCUUUCCUCUGUACAUAUAAUAUAUUUCGCUUUUUCUUAAACAAUGAUCCAUAAAAUUAAAUUAGCAUCAUUGCCUUUUCUA